AUGACUACAUUUAAUGAUGAUUACAUCAUGUGGCAGCAUGCCCUUCAAACCGGAUGGCGUCCGCCAUAUCAAGACACCAUUAUGACGGACGCGGAGGUCGACGACCUAGCUGACCUCUUCGCCGGAUUAGCCAUCCGCUUCUGGAGGAAGAUUAAGAUUUUAUUUAUAUUGUGGAAAGCGCUUUUUCCAUGCUGUUUUAGUACCCAAGAUAUAGAAAAUAUGAUAGGUACCAAAAAUGUAGUGACCUUGUAUUAUGAAAUAUAUGAGAUAGAUCAAUUGAACAAGAGCUUUCAAAGCUAUGCAUUCGAAAGGAUGCUAAACGAUUCUAAUAAUUUGUUUGAAAAAUUAAAUCAUAUAACGUCCCCGCAUCUCAUGUCUAACCGGUGUGUAAGACACAAAAGAUGCUCAACACAACAAUAUACUUUAUUGGCAUCCUCUUGUGUUAUUCUCGGUUAUGCCUCCUAUUACCCCUCUUUUUCUAUUGGAGAUUUACGCCUCAACUGUGAUAAGUAUACCGCUGCUAUCGUGUGA